CUGCCUUUCAAUCUGUCAAGCAAGACCGUAAAUUGUGAAAUAAUAAUUUGAGGUCUUAUUUAAUGCUGUCGUAAUCCAUAGCGAAUUCUAUUCAGGAUUAUAAAACAAAGGUAUAUUGAAAAUAGUUUUUUUAUAUCCUCACCGUUAUAUUUUUCUGGCCAACUAUCAGGCAUAAACUAAAAUAGACUGUAGUUUUUAAUCUGUUGUCUGCGACGUUUCAAUUUUUAGAACAUUUUUGAAAUUUCCCUAUUUGAUCAUCUUUGCAGAAAAAAUAACAUUUUGAAGGAUAUUUUGACGAAAUCAUGGCAAACUGUUUUAAAAUAACUGCCUCAACGUUAUUCAAAACAUCCAGAAAUCUAAGAUGCGUUACCCAGUCAAUAAAGAAAACGAGCUUUUCGACUUCCAGUGUCUUAGCGAGAAAAGAAAAAGAUACUAUGGGGGAGUUGGAUGUACCUGACGACAGGUUGUAUGGGUCUCAAACUAUGAGGUCUAUCAUGAACUUCCCCAUAGGAGGUAUUGAAGAACGCAUGCCGCUUCCCGUCAUCAUUGCAAUGGGUAUUCUAAAGAAAGCUGCUGCUAAAGUUAAUAUAGAGUUUGGUUUAGAUCAGAAAAUUGCGGAAGCUAUUAUGAAAGCGUGUGAUGACGUCAUAUCCGGCAAGCUGUACAAAGAGGGUCACUUCCCUCUCAUCAUCUGGCAGACUGGAUCUGGCACACAGUCUAACAUGAACACCAAUGAGGUCAUUGCAAACCGCGCUAUCCAAAUCUUGGGUGGUACAUUGGGCAGUAAAAAACCAGUGCACCCGAACGACCACGUGAACAAGUCGCAGAGCUCAAAUGACACAUACCCCACAGCCAUGCACAUCGCUGUGGCCAUGGAGCUCAGAGAUAGACUCAUGCCUGGACUUGUGGCACUCAGAGACACCUUGGAAGCCAAAUCAAAGGAGUUCGAUAAGAUCAUUAAGAUUGGCAGGACCCACUUGAUGGACGCAGUGCCGUUGACACUGGGCCAGGAGUUCAGUGGGUACGCGACGCAGCUGACGUUCGCCAUCGAGCGCGUCUGCAGCACCCUGCCGCGCCUGCACUACCUCGCGCUCGGCGGCACCGCCGUCGGUACCGGACUCAACACCCGCGUUGGAUUCGCUGAGAAAUGCGCUGCCGAGAUCGCCUCCAUUACUGGCAUUCCAUUUGAAACUGCGCCAAACAAGUUUGAGGCUUUAGCUGCCCAUGACUCCAUGGUAGAAGUGUCUGGAGCCCUCAAUGUAGCUGCAGUUUCUCUCAUGAAGAUAGUCAACGACAUCCGUUUCUUGGCGUCCGGACCUCGAUGCGGUCUGGGUGAACUGAUGCUACCAGAAAACGAGCCGGGAUCAUCCAUCAUGCCUGGUAAGGUGAACCCAACUCAGUGCGAGGCAUUGACUAUGAUAGCGGCGCAGGUGAUGGGCAACCACGUCGCCUGCACCAUCGGUGGCAGCAAUGGACACUUUGAGCUCAACGUCUUCAAGCCUAUGAUGGUCGCCAACGUGCUCAGGUCUAUCACACUGCUUGGCGAUGGUUGCUUAGCCUUUGAUAAGAACUGCGCAAAAGGCAUCAAAGCAAACACAGAGAAGAUCGAAAAGAUCAUGCACGAGUCACUCAUGUUGGUAACGGCGCUCAACCCGCACAUUGGUUAUGAUAAGGCUGCACAAAUCGCCAAGACUGCCCACAAAGAAGGAGGUACCCUAAAAGGCACUGCAGUCAAACUAGGAAUCCUCACUGCAGAACAGUUCGACCAAUGGGUCAAGCCAGAAAACAUGCUGGGACCCAAGUAAAGAAUCUUAAGCAGUGUCAACAUGGAACGGAGGAAGAAAUUUUUGUGUUGCAAUUAGGAUUAGCAAAGAGGAAGUCAGAGCUUAACUACAAAAUGUCCGAUCUCCUUUGGUACCUACAGUGUAAAAUGUUUGGUCCACCCGAAAUUACUUAAGAGUAAUUAGAGGCACCUUUUUUCGCAAAAGUACGAUAUUUGAUAAGGGUCUGUUUAACAAUGUAUUAAUAGCCGUUAUGUAUCAGAUUAGUUUGAAUGUAGGACGCAUGUGGUAUGAACUAUGUUUUAAUUUUGUCGGAAACUUAUUACAUGUCGUGAAACAGGCUCUUACGAGUGUUUACCUCACACAGCACAAGGUUUGUUAGGAACAAAUUUUUACUAAGUGCUUAGCGAGAGUUUCCUAUAAGUUAGCGCGGUCAACACGUUUAUAACGUUUCGUGCUC